AUUUACAUAACUAACUUACUUUUAACUUUAAAAAGGAGUAAGGAGUAAUUAAUUCUCCACUAUCAUGUGUCAUUUCACACUCGGAAAGCCGCAGCACGACGCAAACCCCUCCCCAACUUGGUCAAAGGAAGCAGUCAGAUCAAAUAUGACGCAAACAGGAAGUAUACCUUCAGAGCGGCGAGUUUCAACGGUAAUCACAGACACAAAAGCAAGCAGGGAAAAAAGAAAAGCAAAAAGCAGGUAGAAAGCGCUGAUCCUACCUAUCAUGCCGUUUAAAGAAUGGCAGAAAAUAAACAGUUAGAUGGGGAGCUCUGUCUGAUUGAUAAACACAUUACAAGUUUUUCAGAAAUACCUUUAAAUGAAAAGCUUAAGUCCCUGAAUCUCCACUGCAACAGAAUCUCCAAGAUUGAAGGCCUUGGCCGGGCAUGGCAUUUGCGACACUUGGACCUCUCAUCUAAUCGCAUAACUUGCAUUGAGGGACUGGGAUCGCUGGCUUCUCUACGGACACUUAACUUAUCUUGUAACUUGGUAACUAAAGUAGAAGGACUUCAUGGACUUGGGAACCUUAUAAGACUGAAUUUGUCUUAUAACCAAAUAAGUGAUCUAUCCGGAUUUUUGCAACUUCAUGGAACCAGCCACAAACUGAGCUGCAUUUAUCUCCAUAGUAACUGUGUUGGCAGUGUAAACCAUGUAUUGCAGUGCCUAAUGGGAUUGCAGUGCCUGACUGAUCUAACUUUGGAUAAGGAUGGCAAAGGCAACCCAGUCUGUAUGGUGCCAGGGUAUAGAGAAAUAACCCUGCAGUCGAUACCUCAGUUGAUUGCACUGGAUGGUAGGAAUCGUUAUGGUGAACGUGUCAACUCAGUUGAAGAGAGUCCAGUAGAUGUACCUGGUUUGGAAGAUUUUAUGGAAUACUUGGUUUCUUCGGAUGCUAGCAUGAAUGUAGAAAAGGGUAAUGCUGGGCUGCCAUUAGUUACCCCUAAAAUUGAAGAAGUGCUCACUAAGUUUCGUCAGCGUACAGAUACAGAAAUCUAUGGAGCCACGGAAUCUGGUAAAAAGGAUAGCUCUUCUUCCGAAGUGGAGAAAAAUAACUUGACCAGUAAAAAUUUGAAUAACGAACUUAGAAUAAAAAAACUUGAGCAUCAAAUUACUCAGCUGUUUGAACAGACUCCUGCGUGUUCAAGUUCAACUCCAUCAACCAUGCAGAAAGCAAAAAGAGACAUAGAUCAUACAUCUGAAAGUGACUGUGAAAGUGGCAAAGAGAAUCGCAGAAAGGGUUCAAGAAGAUCCAGAAUUCCCAGUUACAGGAGAACCACUGCAGUCACCAGACAGCGUACCAUCAAGGAAGCUAAAGGAAAAAAGUCUGACGGUGACCAAGCUAUGCCUUCUGCAAAAAAGCAUUUGAUUUCUCCAUGUCAAGGAGAGGAGUCCACCAGUAAUACAUGGUCUACUGAGUUGGAUGUUCCGAGAAGUCUGUCCAAAAAAGCAUCUGCAGGACCAAAAACGAAGAAGGAUCCCCCUGGAACCAAGCAAACAAACACAAAUGAAGAAUCUACAUACAGAGCAAUAAUUGAGGAACUCGACCAGGAAAGGGAGAGAAGAUGGAAAGCUGAACAGGCUGUGAAAAUAUUAACGGAACAAAUGAAAGGCUUGCAAACCCGAGCCAUUGAGGAGAAGGAUAUCCAAACCAUGGCCAUUCAUACAACAGACAGGUUAAAGGAAUUGCUUUUAAAACAGAAAGCUGAGAAAAGUAAGCUCCAGGCCAGUGUUCAUGAGUUAAAAGAAAACACAGAGUCUCUUUCUAAUGAGUUGAGACAUGCAAGGAGUGCUGAGGAACAUCAGCGGAGGGCAUUAAAGUGCUUGGAAGAAAACAUGUCAAAGAUAGAAACCCAAAGAUUACAUCAGCAGGCCGCAGAGAUGAAAAGAAUACAAGAAAUGGAGCUAAAGGUUGCAGCAUCCCAAAGGGAAGUGGAAAUAGUGAGAGUGUCUCUCCGACAGCAGAAGGACAAAGUGCGACAGCUGCAUGAACUUCUUGCUUCUAGAGAGCAAGUACAUAGGACAGAAUUGGAAUCCAGAGUAACACUGACAGGACCAGAAUUUCAAAAUGCUUUAUCUAAAGAGAUGGCUGCAACAGAGCAGAGACAUUUACAACAAAUGAAGGAAUCUCAGGAGAAAAUGAAUAUUAUGAAGCAGCAAUAUAUGGAGUUGGAGGAUGAAUUCCGUAUGGCUCUGACCAUUGAAGCAACACGAUUUAAAGAGGUGAAAGAUGGGUUUGAACAGAUUACGUCAGAGUUAAUGGAACAUAAGAAAGCCCUGGCUAAAUCUCAGCAAAAGGAGAAACAGUCUGCAAGCUUGAUUCAGGAGCUUACAGCUAUGGUGAAAGAGCAGAAGGCAAGAAUAGCUGAAUUAAUAAAGUCAAAACAAGGGUCAACCUCGGAACUGAAGAGUCGAAUCAGAUCACUGGAAGCAGUGGUGGAAGAGGACACAAGAAGAAAUGUUCAGAUUGAGUUGCUGAAGCAGGAUAAAUCAAAGCUUAUUUCACAGCUAACUGCCCAGGAGUCUGUAAUUGAUGGUCUCAGAGCAGAAAGGAGGAUAUGGGGACAAGAGCUAGCACACCAAGGAGCUUCCUUGGCACAGGAUAGAGGAAGAUUGGAGGCCAGGAUUGAUGUACUGACAACUGAAAUGGAAACGACAAAGAAACAGAAUGAACGGGACAUCGAUGCUCUGAAGAUUAAAGCUAAGAUUGUAGACGACCAAACAGAAACGAUAAGGAAGCUUAAGGAGGGCCUACAAGAAAGGGAUGAACAGAUAAGAAAACUGCGAGAGGAAAACCUUCAGAUUCAAAAAUCCUUUCAAGAGCAGCUUGAAUAUGAAACUGCACCAUUGCAUGAGCUAAGAGAGAAGGUCGAAAGACUCACUGAGAGAAAAGAGGAAUUAAAACAGCAGCUUGAGGAGAAAGAGAAAGAGCUGGAGGGUGUAAAGAAAGCUUAUAGUGCUAUGAAUAACAAAUGGCAAGACAAAGCAGAACUCCUGACACAGCUGGAAGCCCAGGUCAAACAUAUGAAAGAUGUUUUUGAUGCUAAGGAAAAGAAACUUGUGGAUGAGAAAGAGAAGUCACUUCAAAGCCAAAAAGCUGCAGUGGAGAAGCUUCACUCGCUUGAUGAUGCAUUUAGGAGGCAGCUUGAUUCAGUACAAGCAGCCCAUCAAGCUGAUCUACUUCAACUUGCAACAGAAAAGCAAAAGCAAAUAGAAGCAGCGAAUGAAAGGGUGUAUCAGGUUGAAGAAGAAAUGAGGCAACUUCUGCAAGAAACAGCAAGCAGUAAAAAGAUGAUGGAAGAAAAAAUUAGAAGACUCACUAGUGUCCUGAAAGAAUUUCAGUAGCUGAAAAAAUGAGAAGCCUACAUGUAACUUUUCAAGUAUCUGCUCUUAAAAUAGAUUAAAUAAAGGCAUGGGAUCAACCUUGUAACUUCGCCACAUUGCAGCAGAACCAUAUUACUGCAGUGUUUACACACUGUAUGUACACACAACCAGGUCAUAUUAAUCAUCCCUUUGUAAAUUGUGUUUUAAGAGUGUACUUUAAUCAUUGUAAUCUCUGUAAGAUAUUUUGUAUGUAUACUAUGCUAUGUGCCUGUGUAUUUAUGUGCCUGUACUGUGAGAAGAUGUACUGAGGAUACAUAAUGGGUCUUAAGUGGUCCAAAAGUAGAACCUGAUAAAUAACCGUCAUCAAACCAUUCAGUAUUCUGUUUAUACACUAAUGGAUGAUUGAUUAUGUUUAGGACAAAUUGCAAUUAUGUUAAAUAUAUUCAGCUAGACAGUGAUAUUCCUAGCAGUAAGUGAAGUCAUGUCUAAGUUUAUUUUUUAAAGGAGAAAAAAAAAUACUGUAUAGCCACAAACAUGCAUAUAUCUGUGCCUCACACCCUUUAAUAACCCAAUGAUAUGUGUUCUUAAUUUGUUUCUAUGGAUAUGCAAAUUCAGAAGGUGUUUUUUAAGGUAUUGGACAUUCUCUCACUUGGUGGAAAAUCUGAUGCAUUGCUGAGCUCCAUUAUGUAUCCUUAUGUACUAUACUUAUAACAGGAGAACAGUGUUGCCUUUGUUACAUUUAAUAAUGUAGAUUUUGUAGAUUGCAGAUUUGAAUACAUUUUUCAAAUAUAAACAUAAUAUACAUUUAUUUUAAAAAAAUGUACAGC